GAUGGGUUUCAAUGUCAUUCACAAAAGUAUUUGUUCCAAUUCGACAGAUUGUAUGUCAAUCAAAACAUUCUGAUAACCAUUGGUCCAAAUCAUCCCUCACCUCCUCAUUCUAAUGUCAUGUGCCCAAUCAGAUUGUUCCUUUGCUUAGAAUGGUUGAAUGGAGUGUCCGUCUCAAAGAUCUCCUUUCUGAUUGGCCAACUCACGACAAAGCAGGAGGGUUUCUCGGAAGAAAUGGGUUUCCUUGUCUGUGUCAGAUGUACGACGAUGCGGUAUUGCAAGUUGAAUUAUGAAGCAGUUUAAAUAAAGGAAAUCCUGGAUUAAAUACAUUCAAAUGUAUUUUCCUUUAACGUCAAUGAAUAUCCUUGGAUGGUGAUUACUAGGAAAGCGUGAGUUUGGUUGUGAGAAGGAAGAUCCACUUCCUUGUUUGUUUUGUAUUGAUUUUAGUGUUAGCCAUCGAAUAGCUAAACGUUAUCUCUGUUAACGUUAGAUAGAUAGCUGCAAGCCCCUCAGCAAACAGCUUUGUGGCUAUGACUGCGGAUCUUUUAUCUGAUUUGGAUAGUCGUUUCUUCGCUGACAACCUUCUGACAAGCGAAGACUGGGAUGCCUGCCUUUACCAGUGUGAGAGCAUGGAGGAGGGGGAGGAGGGUGAUUACAGCGCAGGACUGAAAUAUAACCCAUCGUUCCACAAUGACCUCGUGCUGACCCUCGAUCCCGACAAUCCCACGUCACCAUGGAAGGACCUCAGCGACAACCUCCUCACAGGUGAUAUGCCUGUUGUCAAGGAGGAAAUGACCUUAACACAGCCUCUGCCUGUCGACAUGCUGUUUCAGGUGAAGGCGGAGCCUCCUUCACCUGGCUCUUCCCCAGGUUCAGACGUUCCUUCUCCAGACACACAGAUCACAGUGAAAGGGGAGAACCCCCCGACCCCACCCUACAUGUUUGGGGAUGUCCUGUCUCCCCCGCUCAGCACCAUGGAGGGAUGGCGGCGGCCCCCCCACAGCCACAGCCCCCCACCCUGCCCACAGGGCCCAGCCAGCCCCUUCCCCCAGUGCAGCCUCCAACCCUCAGCCAGGAAUCUGAAGGCCAGCUCCAUCCUGAGCAGUAAGCCUCCCAUCCAGCCGAGGCCAGUGUGUGUGGCCGCCCUGCCCGUUCCCCAGGCACCCAGCCCAGCUAAAGCCCUCAUCCUGCAGGGACAGAGCCGACCAGUGGUCAUCUCUCCGUCCGUCUGUCUGGGCUCCACUCCGGCCAUUGUCAAGAUGGAGCCCGUAUCUCCCAGCAUGCCUCACUGCGCUAACGCUGCUACGCUACCGGGUAGCAAGCCCAUCAUCCCUGCAACAGCACUGCCUGGCAACACAGACAUCGACAAAUGUGCACUUGAAAAGUCAUGGAACGGAACCCUGACCUUUGUCACUCCGCCCUGCUCGCAGAUGAAGGUUCUAAAGAGGCAGCAACGGAUGAUCAAGAACCGCGAGUCCGCUUGCCAGUCGCGCAAGAAGAAGAAGGAGUACCUGCAGAGCCUGGAGGCCCAGCUGAGGGAGGCUCAGCUGGAGAACCAACGGCUCCGACGCGAGAACCAGGCCCUGAGAGAACGCCUCGGCUGCAAGGAGGGAGGGGAAUCAAACAACAACAAGAGGGCGGUGUGUGUGAUGGUGGUGCUGCUCUUCAUCACCUUUAGCUUCGGCCCCGUCAGCAUCACGGACAGGAAGUUGGAGUCGGCCUUGCAGGACAGCUUGUCCGCCCACACGGGGAGGCACCUGCUGGAGUUUGAGGACGAGCAGGAGCUCAACCAAUCCCGCGUCAGCGUGAGGACGCCACCGGCCGAGGGGACACUCGCCGAAGAGGAAGGUGGUCAGGACAGGUGGGGGGCGGACACUGACCCCUACCAGUUCAGGAACCUGAGUAGUGUGUUCAGCGACAUGAAGGAUUUGGUUCUGCAGGAUAUUGACCGCUACUUCAACUCUCCUGACUGUAGACAGUUCAACCGCUCCGAGUCCCUCAGGCUUGCUGAUGAGCUGCGAGGCUGGGUACAUCGCCACCAGAUCGACCGCACCAAAUCUGGAGGGAAGCCCAAGAUAGUCAAAAAGCCCAAAGUAGCACAGAAAACUCAGCACAAGAAGACCAACUUCUCCCGAUACCUUCCCAUUCAGGCACACAGAUCCAUUGAGAGCCAGCUGCAGGUCUUCCCAGGUCCUGAGAUUAGCUACAGCGAGUUCCUGGACGCCAUCGACCGACGCGAGGACACCUUCUACGUGGUGUCCUUCAGACGGGAUCACCUGCUGUUGCCCGCCAUCAGUCACAAUAAAACGUCGCGGCCCAAGAUGUCUCUGGUCAUGCCUGCCAUGUCCGUCAACGAGUCUCUGUAUAACUCAUCUGGAGGCUACGAGAUGAUGAUGCAGGUGGACUGUGAGGUGAUGGACACGCGCAUCGUCCCCAUCAAGGCCUCGGCCGUUCCCCCGUCCCUGCGCGACCCGCCCCGGCCUCCUCCCGCCCACCAUCACCACGGCAACCACACCUCCCUCAAGGGCCGCCACCACGCCAACGGGGCUGCGUCGCCCCGGCAACCCUUACCUGUGAGGAGGAGGGGCUACCUCCUCAGCCAGGAGGGAGCAGAAGUGUGAGGAAGAGAGGGAUGAGAAGUAAAUGUGCAAGAGUGAAAAACAGAGUUUGUUUUGGCAACGCAGGAUGGAAGGAAAUCCUGUGGAUAUAAAAAGUGAAGGUUGCUCAAGACUUAAAAAGAAAAGUUUUUUUUUUUUUUUUUUUUUUUUUUUUCGUUGUUAUUUUCCCCCAAAGCAAAUAGCAGAGUACCAAGUGGUCGCCAUUACCGAUAGGCCUACAUUCCACAUUCACCUGAAAAUCCAGAGUCAGGGUUUAGAGGCAGUAGCCCCAGUCACAUGCAAUCUGAAAGCAGGCCUUCGCCUAUAAUCUCCCCCUUCUGACCAAACACAUACAACUCAACAGGGCACAGUCUCGUAUAUUAUUUAUUAUAAAGUGCUUUAAAUCUCCUCUUAAAUAUAUGUAUGCGUUAAUUCCAGUCCCAUCUUAGGCAGUGUGCUGCACUUCCAGACCUUGACAGCACAGUAGAGUGUGGCGUUUGGCCGUGCCGUAGGUGGCCGUCAGGGCAGGGUGGCGUUCGUGUCGGGGAGUGUAGUCCGAGCGCUCCUGUGGCAGGUGGCGUUUGUGUCGGGGGGCGUAGUCCUACGGCUCCUGUGUCAGGGUGGUGUUUGCAUCGGGGAGCGUAGUCCCAGGGCUUCUGUGUAGCCUGUGUUUGUAUAGUUGCUCUCAAUACUGUGAGGUGUUUUGAUUUUGUUUUUGUGUUUUGUUUUGUCUGUUUAUGUUUCGAUUCUUUUAUACAUGUAUUUUGUUACUUUGUAAAUGGCUUUUAUAUUUUUUUUGGGGGGUGGGGAGUAUUUAAUGUGACCAUGUGCUUUAAGAUAGUUGUAUAUAUUGGUGAUUUUUUGUUUUAUUUUUUCUAUUUUGUACAUGAUUCAGUUAAAUUCUGAUCUGUUGUGUUGUAUUGCUCCUGUUCAGUCAGGCAUGCAGGGGCUGACUGCCUGCACAUAUAGUACCUGCCCUAUAAGACCGGAGGUCUCGGGCACCCUGCGGCACACAUUCUGUGGUAAACUCUGCAAAUUCAGGCAGAGACACACUGGCACACCGACAUUUGCCAGUGUAACAUUGAUAUCAACUUCUAACAAAAAGCAUCAGAUGUGGCAUGACCUAUAUUCAUUUGGAAUGUACUACCAUCACCAAGCAAGUCCAACCUGUAAGGAGAUCAGGUUUGACAUGUUGAUUUUGGAGCAGGCAUCGCAAGCGUCUGAUCUGUGCCUGAGGAUUUGUGCGUUCAGAUCUUUAGUGUAGAAGGACGUUAGCAUUUAUAAAGCGUUGGACUCCGCCUGUAGGGCAGCAUAUGAAUUAAUCACUCAGCUCUGCUGCCAGAUGCCUCAAAUUUACCUUUAUAAUCAUCUGAUAAUAUAGUUACAAGAAGGUUUUUCUAGCACCUCUUAUAACUCAGUGAGAAUUAUAUGCAUUUUUACAGCAACAAAUUAAGCAAACAAAAUAUUUCAAUUACAGAAUUGAAUUUCAAUGAGGUACUCUGUAAUGUUGCAAAUAUUAUGUAAAAUAAGAGUUUGUCAUUUAUAGUAAUUCCACUCUGUUAAUAUCAGUUGUUUUUUUGUCCAUUAGCUCUGUAACUCUCCUGUUUUUCUCCCUUGAUUGCCAUACUUUGACUAGAUGUACGGGAGAACUGUAGGUUUGGUGAGUGCCAAACCACACAAGCAGACAUGUGGGUGACCAUUUCAGUGCCCCGUUGUGUUCUGUUCAGUCAGUUUUGUACUGUGUAAAUGAUUAUCUACUUGUUAUGAGGAAAGACAGAAUGGCAGAAUUUGUGGCUAUAAAACUGUAUUUUAUUUUCACCCAUGUGGGGUUGAAGUUUUUUGUUUUUGUUUGUUUGUAUACGUGUGAUUGAGAGAUUGUGUGUUUCUGAGUGUGUGUGUAUAUGGGUAAGUGUGUACGUCCAUAUUUUGAUUCUGUUCUAGCGUUUUGCUUGUUGGAGAAACGUAUGACAUUUUGAAUCCUUAGUGAGUAGUUCAUGAACGUAGACAUUCCCUCCAAAAUCCACUGACACACACACAAACACACCCUUCAAACAAAUCAUAUGUGUCCUGAUUGAGACUUAAUGGGUUUUGUUGAAAGAGUUCUAUAAUAUUAUGUGUUCACUCAUUUUCGCAUGGAGUCCGAAGGUUUGUUAGAGAAUUGUAAAUAUGUUCAGAACCCCUGUGUCAUUUUUUUACAGAAUUUUACUAUUUAAAAGAUUGCUUUUCAUGAAGAGUCCAAUUUAAUUCUUUUUUUCUUUGAUUGUACAAGACUUUUGAACUACUGCCUUUUCUCUUUGUAGAGGAUAAAAAUAAAGAUUUAAAUAAAAUAACAAAUAUUUAAAAAGCUAA